GCAGCUGUGCAGUGUCGAAGGACCCUCUCUGUUAGCUUGCUGCUCGAACCGGAGACGGAGCGCAGAGACUACGGCUCACCUCGGACCUCCUUGGGCAUAAAUGUGCUUGUUUCCCGAACGGCGCGCUUCCCACCGCUUUUCCGCGGCUCGAAAAAGCGUCGGCUGACUUCCUUCGGACCCAUUUGGGUCGGAGAAAAAACUUCCUCGCCGUAAGGACCCAGCCGAGGGGCUUUUGUAGACACUUUUCCAGCCUCCUUUUUUUGCAAGGAAGUGGGAGCCCCUGACGCUAAAGGCCCCAAGCUAGCCGAAUUAGCCGGCUGCUAAUUGUUGUUUUGGCGCGGGGAUAUUAAAAAAAAAAAAACAAUUCUAUGCAUUAAACACGCGCUUAUUUGGACUUUUUAAAGGAAGUUUAAGCCCGUUUGACUGAUUUCCGAGGUUUUUGCAGGUGUUUAUGUGUGGAUAAUUAACACAGUAAGGGGGGGGGGACAGGGAUGACACCGGAGACAAGUUGUCAAAUUGUGCGCACGGUGGGCUAAUUGAUGGUCGCUAACAUCCAGGAGACCUAGUCCAUACCGUGUUGACCACCGACAAAUCAACGGGGGUUUAUAAUUCUACCCCGGUCUCGAUUUUCUCCUCCUUCCAACUCCUCCGAGUGCGCCUGGGCGAUGGAGGAGCACGACAACAUGGAUUACUUCUACCAGCAGGUGCUGCAGAAGGAUGUCACCCGGCGGCUCCAGGUCGGCCAGGAUCUCAUCGACUACCUGAGCGAUGCGUCUCGCUCGCCGGACGUGGAGCAGGACAAACCCCGGCUGGAUAAGACCGUGGACGAACUAACUGGCUGGGUCAACUCGAGCAAUUUCAAGGUGGCACUCUUGGGCAUUGACAUCUGCGCCGCCUUUGUGGACCGAUUGGGCGAGCGCUUCCGAGGCUACUUAGGGACAGUCCUGCCAGCGCUGGUGGACCGGCUGGGGGAUGGCAAGGACCAAGUCCGGGAGAACAGCCAAGGGCUCAUCCUUCACUGCAUGGAGCAGACGGCCUCGCCCAUGUACGUGUGGGAAAGGCUGCUGCCCGGCUUUAAACACAAGAACUUCCGCAGCCGAGAAGGACUGUGCCUCUGCCUCAGUGCCACGCUCAGCUCGUAUGGCGCUCAUACUUUGAGCCUGAGCAAGAUCGUUCCUCAUCUGUGCACUCUGACGGCAGACCAGAACCCUCAGGUACGAGAGGCCUCCAUCACAACAAUAGUGGAUGUUUACCGGCACGUCGGCGAAAGGGUACGAGCGGACUUGGCAAAGAGAGGACUGCCUGCCGGACGGUUGCAGACCAUAUUUACGCGCUUUGAUGAGGCUCUGAAUUCAGGCAACAUGGCUCUCAGCCCCAGUCAUGAUCGUAGUUUCGACGAUGACGACAGUGUGGAUGGGAACCGCUCAUCUUCCUCGGGCUUCAAAGUCCCCAAAGUUCCCAAGAAAACUGCCGAGCCGGCGGCAGCGCGCCGCCCUAGCGCCGCCGGCGGAAAGCUAGGGUCCAAGGAAAGCGCUGGAGCGGUAGACGAGGAUGACUUUGUCAAAGCUUUCACAGAUGUUCCUACUGUACAGAUCUAUUCCAGCAGAGAUCUGGAAGAAAACCUCAACAAGAUCCGGGAGAUCUGCUCCGAUGACAAGCAUGACUGGGACCAGCGGGCCAACGCUAUGAAGAAAAUCCGCUCCCUGCUGGUGGCUGGCGCCACUUCCUACGACUGCUUCUACCAGCACCUCCGCCUCCUGGAUGGAGCCUUUAAGCUCUCCGCCAAGGACUUGCGAUCCCAAGUGGUCCGAGAAGCAUGCAUCACCGUGGCCCAUCUCUCUUCCGUGCUGGGCAACAAAUUCGACCACGGCGCCGAAGCCAUCGUGCCCGUCCUCUUCAACCUCAUCCCCAACUGUGCCAAAGUCAUGGCCACCUCCGGCGUCUCCGCUAUUCGCAUCAUUAUAAAGCACACUCACGUCCCUCGGCUGAUCCCCUUGAUAACCAGUAACUGCACAUCUAAGUCUGUGGCUGUUCGAAGGCGCUGUUAUGACUUUUUGGACCUCCUGUUGCAAGAGUGGCAGACACAUUCGCUCGAGAGGCACACUGCCGUUUUGGUGGAGAGCAUAAAGAAGGGAAUUCGAGACGCUGACUCCGAGGCACGAGUAGAAGCCCGCAAGGCCUACUGGGGCCUGAGGAACCACUUCCCGGGGGAGGCGGACGCGUUGUACAACUCGCUAGAGUCGUCCUACCAGCGCACCUUGCAGUCGUGCCUCAAGAGCUCGGGUAGCGUGGCUUCGCUGCCUCAGAGCGACCGCUCGUCGUCGUCCUCGCAGGAGAGCCUCAAUCGGCCGCUGUCUUCAAAAUGGUCGGCCGCACCGGGUCGAGUCCCCGCGGGUUCAAAAGGCGGCAGGCCGUCCAUGUCGGCGGCCUCCCUGCAGCGCUCCCGCAGCGACGUGGACGUCAACGCCGCCGCCGUGGCCAAGCACCGGCACGCGGCGCCGACGCCAAAGGGGCCCAGCCGCCUACCUCCCGGUUCCUACGCCUCACUGGAUGAUGCCUCUGAUAAAACGGAUGGUCGCGUACGCACCAAGCAGCCUUUGACAACCGCCAGCAGCGUGUCCAGCCAAGUGGACUCGAGAGGACGCAGUCGCACCAAAAUGGUGUCCCAGUCACAACGUUCCGACGAAUCAGAUUGCACACCAGGAUCUCAGUCUGCUACCCCUGCCGAUGCCGGAAGCCGCAGCGGCUCCCCCGGUCGCGUGCUAACCACCACGGCACUAAGUACUAUGAACUCGGCCCACCGGGUGCUGCCGGGAACCGCCGGGGAUGGGCGCAGGCGGAGCCGCAUUCCCCGCAGCCAGGGUUGCUCCAGAGACUCAUCCCCCACACGCUUAUCUGUCGCUCCCUCCAGCAUUAGUUCCAUCUACAACGGUGCCAGCAGAGGAGCCCGGGGCAGCCGCAUCCCCCGGCCCAGUAUGAGUCAGGGCUGCAGCCGAGAGGCCAGCAGGGAAAGCAGCCGGGACACCAGCCCCGUACGCUCCUUCACGCCCCUCGCCUCGCGGAGCUACUCUCGCUCCACGGGAGCUCUCCACACACCCGACGCUUUCGGGGCUGCAGGUUCGAGUUUUGGCAUGGGUCAGUCCAGUCGCUUGUCAUCCUCAGUAAGCGCCAUGAGGGUCCUCAACACCGGCUCGGAUGUGGAAGAAGCGCUGGCAGAUGCCCUGCUGUUGGGAGACAUGCGGUCUAAGAAGAAGCCUGCACGGCGGCGGUAUGAAAACUACAGCAUGUACUCUGACGAUGACGCUAACAGCGACGCAUCCAGCGCCUGCUCAGAGAGAUCCUACAGCUCCAGGAACGGCGGUGCCAUUCCCACGUACAUGAGGCAGACAGAAGAUGUGGCCGAGGUGCUGAACCGCUGCGCCAGUGCCAACUGGUCCGAGAGAAAGGAGGGUCUUUUAGGACUUCAGGCUCUUCUAAAGAACCAGCGCUCCCUCAGCCGUGUGGAAUUGAAGAGACUGUGCGAGAUCUUCACCCGCAUGUUCGCCGACCCUCAUAGCAAGCGAGACUCCGGCAGGGUGUACGGCACGGCAGAAUCCGGUAUAAGCUCAGCCUCCUUCAAGAGGGUGUUCAGCAUGUUCCUGGAGACCUUAGUGGACUUCAUUCAAGUCCAUAAGGACGACCUUCAAGACUGGCUGUUCGUGUUACUCACACAGCUACUGAAAAAGAUGGGCGCAGACCUCCUCGGCUCAGUGCAAGCCAAGGUCCAGAGGGCGCUGGACGUGACGCGUGAGGCCUUCCCCAACGACCUCCAGUUUACUAUCCUCAUGAGGUUCACCGUGGACCAAACGCAGACGCCCAACCUCAAGGUCAAAGUGGCAAUUCUGCGAUACAUCGAGACACUCACGCUGCAAAUGGAGGCUCCCGACUUCGUCAACUCCAGCGAGACUCGGCUGGCCGUCUCGCGCAUCAUCACCUGGACCACAGACCCCAAGAGCUCAGAUGUCAGAAAGGCGGCCCAGGCGGUGCUGAUCGCCCUCUUCCAGCUCAACACGCCUGAGUUCAGCAUGCUGCUGGCAGCGCUGCCCAAGACCUUCCAGGACGGAGCCACCAAGCUGCUCCAGAACCACCUGAAGAACACGGGAAACGCCGCUCAGGCAACGAUAGGUAGCCCUCUGACCCGACACACCCCUCGCUCACCGGCCAGUUGGCCCAGCCCCGUGACGUCCCCCACCAACACCUCACAAAACACCCCCAUACAAAGUGCAUUUGACUAUGACACCGAGAACAUGAACUCGGAGGACAUUUACAGCUCUCUGAAAGGCGUCACCGAGGCCAUUCAGAACUUCAGCGUGCGCAGCCAAGAGGAUAUGAACGAGCAGCUCCAGGAAGGCGGCAACGUGGCGGACGGCCGAGCGCCCGACCCCGCCGACGGCGGACGCACGGCUCUGGACAACAAGACCUCCCUCCUCAACACGCCCCUGCUGUCCAACAGCCCCCGCGGCGCCCGCAAGCUCUUCUCGGACUCCCCGUACAAGCCCGGCCGUAAAGACGGGAGCCUGGACGACCCGGAGCGGCUCGCGGACGAAGGCGGCCUGGACCAGUCAGAGCUGAUGGGCGAGCUGCUGAAGGAGCUGUCCAAUCACAACGAGCGCGUGGAAGAGCGCAAGGCGGCGCUCGGCGAGCUCCUUAAGCUCAUCCACGACAACACGCUGCAGGUGUGGGACGAGCACUUUAAGACCAUCUUGUUGCUGCUGCUGGAGACCAUGGGCGACAGAGAGCACGUCAUUCGUACGCUGGCUCUGCGGGUCCUGCGGGAGAUUCUCAGCAAGCAGCCGUGGAGGUUCAAGAACUAUGCCGAGCUCACCAUUAUGAAGGCCUUGGAGGCGCACAAGGACCCCCACAAGGAGGUGGUCCGAGCGGCCGAGGAGACGGCGGCCAUGCUGGCGCUGUCCAUCAGCCCGGAGCAGUGCAUCAAGGUCCUUUGUCCCAUCAUCCAGUCGGCCGACUACCCCAUCAACCUGGCCGCCAUCAAAAUGCAGACCAAGGUGGUGGAGAGGAUCCCCCGCGACGGCCUCGGCGGGCUGCUCCCCGAGAUCGUUCCGGGACUCAUACAGGGUUACGACAACUCCGAGAGCAGCGUGAGAAAAGCCUGCGUCUUUUGCUUGGUGGCCAUCUACGCCGUCAUCGGAGAGGACCUCAAACUGCAUCUCAGCCAGCUCUCCAGCAGCAAGCUGAAACUAUUGAACCUUUACAUCAAGCGCGCCCAGUCAGGUUCCGGUGGAAGCGAGCCGGCAUCGGACAACCUAUAGGGGAAUCGGCGCCUUCUUGUGGCCUACACUCAAGAGAAACGAGAAAAUGUCCGUCCUUUCCCGCCUCCUCAUUGGCUCAAAGGAAUUACCACCCGCCCAACCUCCCUAGCUAACCGGGAUUAUCUAUUGAUGCUCAUUUUUCUCUAAUUUAGCCCAAAGGUGUUCACCACCAUAAAAGAAAACAAAAAUGGUACACAAGCAGGCGUGCUUGGCUAUGCAUGACUCACCACUGUACAUUUUUUUUUUUCAAUUCUGUUAUCCAACUCCUAAAUCUUGUCCGCUUUGUUUUUUUUUUUUUUUAACGAAUGUGAAGAAAAUGUCCACCCCUUUCAGAAUGGCGACAUAGUGGAUAUGUAUCUUAUAUAUUAAAGAAAGGAGUAUCCCAAAUAGUCCUCAAUGGGGGUGUGCACCUUUUUUUUUUUUUUUUCACCCCUUUGCUCUCUUUACACUUGUAGAUUAUUUUUAUUCUUUUACAGAAUCAAACAUGUCACCUUGGCUUGUCUUUAUUCCCUGUCAUGUAACUUCUAGUUUGUCUUAUUCCCGCGUCCUGUGUAUUUCCAAAGCCGUGCUUACGAUACAAUAAACAACUUGUACAGAU